GGGCUCGUUCCUCGCUGUGUUUCUCCCUUUCUCACCCCACAUUUCAGCACAGGGCUAUGCUGGAGGCAACCCCUGCAGCAUCCCCGGGGCUGGCAUGGAAACGAGUGAGCGCAGGUUUGGGGUCAGCAUCCCUGGUAGUCGCUCGGGUCAGGGGGCUUAGGGCAGCGGGGGACAGCGGCUCUGGGGUCCUCCAAAGAGAUGUGGGUGCCGGGGGGAGGUCAAGGGGACACGUGCUGCAAAGGGAUGGAGGUACCGGUGCGUCAUGGAGGUCAUGGGGUGAGGAUGGCAGCGCUGGGGGCGGUGAGAAGGGGACAGGGGACGCAGCCGGUGCCAAAGCGCCGCCGGGCCGUCCGCAGCUCCCGGUCCCCGGGUCCGCCCCGGGGGCGGGGGCAGCUCAAAGCCCUCCCGUCCCCAAUAAAACCCGGGGAGGCGGCGCCGGGAGGAGCAGAGCCCGGCGGCACCGGCACCGGUAACGGCAGCGGCGGGCGGGGACGGGGAAACAUCCAGAGACCCGCGGGCAAGGUGUGGGGCUGGGGUGCAGGGUUUGGGUUGGGGUGCAGGCUUAGGGUUAAGGUUAGGGUUCAGGGUUAGGAUUAGGGUUAGGUUAGGGCGCAGGUAGCCCGGCAGCACCAUGCCCAUCGGGACCCCCGUCCCCCAGAUCUCCUCUGCCCCAUCCUCCCGCCCCACCUGUCCCUCCGGGGGAUGCUGAGUGCCACCAGCCGGUCCCUGUGGCUGGACCACCAUCCCUCGCCAUGCAGAGCCCCGCGGGCGGCUACUCGGUGCAGGCUGCCGCCGCCAUCGCCGCUGCCAUCACCUUCCUGGUGCUGUUCACCAUCGCGGGCAACACUCUGGUGAUCCUGGCCGUGCUGACCAGCCGCUCGCUGCGGGCGCCCCAGAACCUCUUCCUGGUGUCUCUGGCGGCCGCCGACAUCCUGGUGGCCGUCCUCAUCAUCCCCUUCUCGUUGGCCAACGAGCUGCUGGGCUACUGGUACUUCCAGAAGGCGUGGUGCGAGAUCUACCUGGCGCUGGACGUGCUCUUCUGCACCUCCUCCAUCGUCCACCUCUGCGCCAUCAGCCUGGACCGCUACUGGUCCGUCAGCCGUGCCGUGGAGUACAAUGCCAAGCGCACGCCGCGCCGCGUCAAGUGCGGCAUCGGCAUCGUCUGGAGCAUUGCCGCCGCCAUCUCGCUGCCGCCGCUGGUCUACAAGGGCGAGAAGAAGGCGGCUCCGGGCGGGCGGCCGCAGUGCAAGCUGAACGAGGAGGCCUGGUACAUCCUCUCCUCCAGCGUCGGCUCCUUCUUCGCGCCGUGCCUCAUCAUGAUCCUCGUCUACCUGCGCAUCUACCUGAUCGCCCGGCGCCGGCACCGCCGCCAGCCCCACGCCGCCCCCGGCCCCCCCAGAACCGCACCCGCCGCCCACGGGGACGCCCCGGGCCCCCAUUCCCUGCCCGCAGACAGGACGUCGCUGCUGGGCUCCGGUGAGCCGGUGGCAGUGCCCGGAGGGUCCCCGCAGCCAUCGGGGCGGCCCAGGGACACCGUGGCCACGGGGACGGGGCGUGUGGUGCUGGCGCCGGCGCUGAGCCCAGCUCCGUGGCGGAGGAAGGCGCAGGCGAGCCGGGAGAAGCGCUUCACCUUCGUGUUGGCCGUGGUCAUCGGAGUCUUCGUUCUCUGCUGGUUCCCCUUCUUCUUCCUCUACAGCCUGGGCGCCGUCUGCCCGCGGCGCUGCAAAGUGCCCGACGGCGUCUUCCAGUUCUUCUUCUGGAUCGGGUACUGCAACAGCUCGCUUAACCCCGUCAUCUACACCGCCUUCAACCGCGACUUCCGCAGGGCCUUCCGCCGCAUCCUGUGCCGCCGCAGCGCCCACACGGCGUGGUGAGGGGCUCAGCCCCUCCUGCUGCCCGCUGCUCCUUUUCCCCUUUUCCAUCCCUUUCUCCCUUCCCACUCCCCCCCCAUUUCUCCUUCCCUUGUCCACCGCCCUGCAGGUUUGGGGCACGCAGCCCCAUGUGUUCCCAUCCCACCAACAGUGAUGCGCAGGGGCUGCGUUUCUCCCCACCUCACGCGCUGUGCCCCCCAAGAAAUCAGGGGCAAUUUUCCCCUUCUCCCCAUCUUCCCCACAUCCCGGCGGCUGCCGCCUUUUAACAAUAAAAGGUAUUUUGUAGUCGGA